AUGGUACCAAAUGGGAUAAAGUCCGCAAAGCGGCAGGCACCCAGGCCGGUGUUCUCCCAGGAGCCGGACCCCUUAGAGCCUACUGACCCCGGGUUAAGACCCCUCCGUAUGCAGAACCAUCCCCUGGGGAGGCAGAAGUUAAGUCCAUCUACCCAUCUCCCCCGAAAGAAGGGGAGAUCCCGGAUUCCACCACCUCUCCUUCCCGUACCCGAGGGGGCUCUCUCUGCUUAUGGGCCCCCGGAGGUGCCCCAGGAGAGGCCGGACCCAGUCCCUGUGCUCCCAUUGAGAGAAGUAGAACAAGGUCAUUAUGUAUACAUUCCUUUCUCUACAAGUGAUUUAUAUAACUGGAAGCACCAGAAUCCCCCAUUCUCUGAGAAGCCGCAAGCCCUAAUCUCCCUCCUCGAGUCUGUGUUUAAUACCCAUGACUCCACCUGGGAUGAUUGUCAGCAACUUUUACAGGCUCUGUUCACAUCCGAGGAACGAGAAAGAAUUAGAAGACACGCUAUUCGGUCAGUGCUGGGGGAAGCUAAGGGGCUUGUUGAGGACCAACAACAACAGGCCCGAGUUGAAGCACAACUCCCCAUCUCCCAUCCCAAAUGGGAAUCGAAUUCCACCGGAGGUAGGGAAGCUCUUCACAACUACCAUCAGCAUCUCCUGGCUGGCCUUAGGGGAGCCGCUCGCAAGCCUACCAAUUUGAGCAAGGUUUGACUCCAAGACCUUGGAACCACGGUGGAAGGGGCCUUUUCCAGUUGUCCUGUCUACUCCUCUGGCUGUGAAGGUUGCGGGACACCCGACGUGGAUCCAUCGCAACCACCUUAAGCCCGGCCUGGACAACAGCCCAGAGGCAUACGGAAAAUGGAGCGUCAUCAGCAAACCCGGAGAAUUGAAAGUAAAACUCCGCUCAACUGGACCUUCAUUAUGAUCUGGGUGAUUUCCCUUGGGACAAUAAUAGCGUUGUCCAGAGAGAACUUAGGUCAUACUAAAAACGUUUGGGUGCAAUUAGCUGAAUCCUUAAAUUUGUCUGAAAUAUGUUUAAAUGCUGAUGUGAAUUUUCAUUAUGUGCUUGGAAGUUGUUUGGUUCCAGUAUGCACCCCACUUGAAAGUAUUAGACCAUAUACUAUGUUUAAAAAUUUCCCACAAGUAAAUCUCAGUUAUUUGGAUAGUUACAAUUGGGGACAGGUGACAUGUUACAAACCAAAGAAUGCUAUUAAGCUAUAUACCCCUCGAGUAGCUAUGUCCAAUAAGACUCUCUGUGCCAAAUAUAAAGGCUGCACUUCCCAGUGUUUAAAUCUUAAACAAACAGAUGUAAUGAAGUGUUCUAGAAAACAAAAGAUUCCUUACAGCAAAUGCCAUAUUACUUUGCCACUGGGCUAGUUUUAUACUUGUGAGGGAAUAACUUAUAAUUACAUCCCAGCAAACUUGACCGAGGCCCACUGUUGUCUUAGUAAAUUAGCAGUCGUCUUACCUGACAGGGGAGACCUCUCACCACCCAACAGAACAAAACGCUGGUCUCCCUAUACUUCACCAGGCUGUGAUGAUGAUGUGGGACUUUUAACAGAUGCUGAAGUUAUUCCUAUGAUUAUUUCUGUUAUAGGUAUGCCCUCAAUUGGAGUACAUGCUGAAAAGGCAGUUAGAAAACUAGCUUGCAAGGUAAUUAAAGGGUUAAAUACCACCUCUGCUGCGCUGGCACUAAUUAAUCAAGAACUCCAGGAACAGAGACAAGCAAUCUUAGAUAAUAGGGCAGCAACUGAUUAUCUGCUAUUAUUUCAUCACCAAGGUUGUGAGAGGAUUAAAAUAUGUGCUGCUUCAAUUUAACAAAUAAUGGGCCAGCUAUAGAACAAGACAUAGAAA